AGUAAGGCGGGGCUUGGAGAUCUGGGGGCUCGCAAGGGGGCUGUAGAGUUGGCAGAUCUGGGGCAGCGUGCCUGAGUAGGUUCAAUGGCGUGGCAGGGACUGGCGGCCGAGUUCCUGCAGGUGCCGGCGGUGACGCGAGCCUACACGGCAGCCUGCGUCCUCACCACAGCUGCCGUGCAGCUGGAACUCCUCAGCCCCUUUCAGCUCUACUUCAACCCGCACCUCGUGUUCCGGAAGUUCCAGAUCUGGAGGCUGGUCACCAACUUCCUCUUUUUCGGGCCUCUGGGAUUCAGCUUCUUCUUCAACAUGCUCUUCGUGUUCCGCUACUGCCGAAUGCUGGAGGAGGGCUCCUUCCGCGGACGCAAAGCCGACUUUGUCUUUAUGUUUCUCUUCGGGGGCAUCCUUAUGACACUGCUGGGGCUCCUGGGCAGCCUGUUCUUCCUGGGUCAGGCGCUCAUGGCCAUGUUGGUGUAUGUGUGGAGCCGCCGGAGCCCUCAGGUGAGAGUCAACUUCUUUGGCCUCCUCACCUUCCAGGCACCAUUCCUGCCCUGGGCACUCAUGGGCUUCUCACUGCUGUUGGGCAACUCCAUCAUCGUGGACUUGCUGGGGAUUGCUGUGGGUCACAUCUACUACUUCCUAGAGGAUGUUUUCCCCAACCAGCCUGGAGGCAAGAGACUGCUGCUAACCCCUGGCUUCCUGAAGCUGCUACUGGACAAUCCUGAGGAGGACCCCAAUUACCUGCCCCUUCCUGAGGGGCCCCACCUGCCACCCUUGCAGUGAGCCUGCCUUGGGCCAGCACCCCAAGCUUCCAGCAGACUCCAGUUCUCCCUGCUCUUUCUUACAGCAGACCAAUCUAUCCUGGAGGGUGGGCCCAUGCAAGAGCCCAUCCAAAUAAACAGUCACCUGUACCCUCUGGGCCCACAA